AUGUCCGAUAAGCAGGUGGAGUCCUCCGACUGUCUCCGGGAUCGUAGAAAUCCCCACACUAACCUGCCCCUCAGGACCAGUAGCCAAACCUGCACCACCACAGGCCUCAGCUGGGCACCAGACAAAGAUAGUCUGCAGGAGGGAACCCAAGAGCUCCCAGUCAGUGACCGUGUGUGUGGUCGCUACUCCAGUGCAGAAAAGGGCGCACAGGAAAUUGAGCAACUCGAGGAGGAUGGCCAGCUGUCGGAGAGUGAUGCCACACCACAUCGCUUAUGCCACGAGAGAGGUGAAACCCAUGAGUGCAGGAAAUUUCAGCAUCGCCGAGCUCUCACUGCUGGGUCUGGUCUCCAUGGAGACCCUGUCCACAAUAGAAAGACGUCCUCCAUCGCAGGGCACCAGAAAUCUUCUCUGGCAUCAGAAAAGACCCCUCCUCACGAAUCAUUCAUCUCCCAAGUGCUAUUAAGAUUGCAGAUUAAGCUGUCUGACCAGAGGGAUUGUCUUGGGAUCAGUAUUGCCGGAGGGAAAGGCUCUCUGCCUUACAAAGACCGUGAUGAGGGGAUUUUUAUCUCCCGCGUAACAAAGGGAGGUCCAUCCGAAAAGGCAGGAAUCCAUGUUGGAGACAGGUUACUGGAGGUCGACGGGCUCAACGUGCAGGGGGCGACCCACCACGAGGCGGUCAGUGCCCUCAGGAAUGCUGGGAGCAUAAUCAAGAUGACAGUACUGAGAGAGAGGCUGCUCACCGGGGAGCCUUUUGAGCAAGACGAGCCUUGCGAUCCUCUGGACGACGUGACGGGACGACAGCCCUGCAGGGUUCAGAGAAGCGAGCAGCCCAAGAUUGAAUGUGGAGGAGACUGUUUGAUGAAGAGAAUUGAGGCGGCUGUUUGCAAUGGCAAUGGCAUCUCUGAUAUGAAGAGCGACCUGAACUUUACUCUAUCUGAACAGGAGGAAGAUGCAUCAAUAAAAAAUGACUCACUUCAAAUUGGAAAGCACACAAUGACCAUCCCGCGGAUCAUCCUCACUCAUCCCUCUACAUCAGAUGAAGAUGUAGAGCUCUUGACACAAAGCCUCGGCAGAGAGCCGCUGCAUGACUUUUACAUUUCUGACAGACACCCCGACUGUUUCGAUAGCGCUUUCUACCCACCGUGACCUCCGACUUCAACCAUGAAAGACAAGGACUGCUAUUAUCCACAUCUUUGUGCUCAAUAAGUGGCUGAAGCAUUUUUAUUCUGUGAUAUUUUGGAGAGUUAGUACUUUGGGAAUGUAUUUUUCACAGUCAUUAUAAAGCUUUCAGUCUGUUAAAGUUAACUGCUGCUAAUAGUAUUCGGCGACGUGGGCAAUACAAAGACUAUUUUUUACAAACCAUGGACAGUUGAAGCUUGAGCAGACUCUUCUCCAACAUCCAAAUGAAAUAAAUGACAUACUUUUACAUGCAGUCCAUUGAUGGAUGCUAUGCUGGCUACCUCUGUUUCCCAUCGUGCUGCUGUAAAUCAUGGGCUUUGACUAUGUGACACCAGCAAAGUCUUUUUAUAGUCUCUUCUGAGAUAAACUGGUACACGGCUGAGGAGACAGAGCAGCAGGGCGUCCUGAGACUUCAUGUGAUCAGACACUGUGCACAAAUGUUUUCAAGUCAAACCCGUUAAACCUAGACGGUAGCAACCACUAAUGUCAGUACUUGCCUUGUGUGAUCUCACGGCUUUUUAUUAUUUUCACAGUAGCUGUUCAGU